AUGGAGAAAAUCAUCUACGACUUCUACUCUGAUCUCUUCGACAGCCAUGUCCACUUGCUUCCUCACCAUCUGAGGGAAGACGGACAUGUUAUUCCAGAGGUUCUCCCGUCCGAAAUACGGCAUGCUAUCAUGUCGGUAAAAAAUCGUACGGCACCCGGUCCCGACAGUAUAAGACCAGAACAGUUGAAGAGCCUUCCGCCAGUACUCAUCAACACCCUGGCGAGGCUCUUAACACGUUACCUGUCGGAAUGCAAGGUUACUAAACAAGGGGAGACCAGCAAGAUCGUGUUGCUGUAUAAAAAGGGAGAUCCACAUGACAUCGGCAACUAUCGUCCAAUCUGCUUACUUUACGCCAUCCACAAGCUCUUUACAAGAGUGAUCCUUAAUAGGAUUGAGAUAGUAUUGGAUGAAGGAGAGCUAUGUGAGCAAGCAGAGUUUCGAGAAGGAUUCAGCACGAUUGACCACAUUCACACUGUUUCGAAGCUCAUCGAUAUCACGAGAAUACAAGAUGCCGCUCUGUCUCUUCAUCGACUUAAAGAAGGCCUUCGACUCACUUGA